CUUUGCUUGGCUCUGCACUAGCCACCAAUCAGGCAAGUGCCUCCCUCCGUGCUUGCCGUCAAAGAAAACUCGAAUCCUCCCCAUCCGCCUCUGUUUUGUUCGGCCUCGUCUCCCAUGCCAACCUUCACCAGUUGUCACAACUAUCCCGUCUCCCAUCACAGUCAACCGCCAUGCCUAUUCUCCCGCCGUACCGCCCAAAACACCGUCUUUGCCCUUUUCCCCAUCUCUGUUCUCUGUCCUCUUCUUGCGCCUCGGAGCCUGCAGCCAGCCUUCUCGUCUCAUCUCACCCCAUUCGCCGCCGAUCCAGCCCGGCCUUAUCCGGCUUCCCUCCACUCCACUCCACGGAGAGCAAGUCCGAAACCCAUUCUGCACUACUGCCUUUGCUGCUACCACCACAUGCAUUUCCUUUGACCACCUCUGAAAUCAAUCCAUCGAUACCUAUCCUCAGCCAAUCUCGUGACCUUUUCCCCCCUCCUCUCUGUUCCCUUCCUUUGACACGCUUUGUCUCAGCUCGCCGCCGCCGCCUCUCAUCCAUCCAUUGUGAUUUCUAAUCAGUCUCGUCUCACCUCAUCCUGUCCCUCCCCCACACACCCACAUUCCCAUAUCCUCUAUUUUGGUUCUAGAAGAACCGCAAAUACGACUCCCCUGCGUGUCUGAUUCGCCGCUUCAUGUAUGCACAUGUCCCGAUCCGCACUAUCGUCAAUGUCACUAUGACUUGUCAUGCAAUAUCUACAUACAUACAUGGACUGUAUACCGUACCCAAUAUGCAACACUAACGACGUGAUAUCGCGAUCCCAACAUCCAACCACCUAGCCUUCUCCAUCGCCCUCCACGUCUUAGCCCUAGGCCCCCCCCUGGCACUCUUCACUCUAUUCUUCUCCUAUAUCACCGGGGGCUAAGCCAUCGACUUGCCGAUAUCAUUUAAUUGCUCCUUUGUAGUUCUGUUUGCUGUUUGCCUGGGUGCAAAUGUGGCCGUGGGUGCGUCUUCCCUACAAAAUCUCCCCAAAGGUCCUGGGUCCAUUUUGGUCCAUUGGUCCCAUUACAUCUGUAGUUUAAUUUGAUUCGUCGCAACGACACACACACACCUAAAAUAAAAAAAGACUAUCUAAAUGGGUACCGACGAUAGCGCAAAAACAUUGUUUUUUUGCUGACGACAUGAUAAAAUAUGCUCUCUCUCUCUCUCUCUUUCUCUCCUAUACGAUUCAUUCCCUUGCCUUGCACCUAGCAUCAGUUUAGUACCUUCUCCCCCCCCCCCCCCCCUUCCCUUCCAUUGUCAAUCUUUUUAUUUAUUUAUUUUGGGCGCAUGCUUGCAUACAUACAUACAUACAUACAUACAUACAUACAUACAUACAUACAUACAUACAUACAUACAUACAUACAUACAUACAUACAUACAUACAUACAUACAUACAUACAUACAUACAUAUAUAUCUUACACUUUAAUUAAUCUUGUCUACGCAUCUAUCUUCUUCUUCUCUCUCCUACCUUAUUUUCUUUUUGCUUUUUCCCUUCGUCGCAUCUACUAAAUAGCAAAAAAACUUUUUUAGUUUUCUGUGUUUGCUAUGCUAUGCUAAGUACCUCUACUUCUAUCUUAGAUGAAAUAAGAUGAUGGGGUCUGUCUUUUUGCGUGUCUGCAUUUUUUUGGGUUAGAGAAAGAGGAGAAGAAGACUGUUUGUUUGUAUAUUGUUGACUUGGAGAAAGAGAAGGACAAAGAUAACGACACUUUUUUCUGCUGCUCUUUCUUCUCUCUCUCUCUCUCUCUUUUUUUUUCUCUUCCCUUCUCUUGGGAAACCUUACUUGGAAAAGAUGGUUCUGUAUAUGCCUAGGUAUAUAUAUAUAUAUACAUGUUUAUACAUAUACGUGUGUGUGGAAAUGCAUCAAACUCAAGUAUAUACGCGUUUCAAUCCAUUCAUCCUCCUAUCCUGUCCUUUCUUCCUUUCUUCCUUACCCCCCCUUUCUUUCCACAGUCCUUCCUUCCCCAUUCGCCCUUCCAACCCCCCCACCCUCUCUCGCUAUUUAUCAUGCACCCCAUCUCUCUC